AUGAAUGUCAGCGAAAUGGUUGAGAAUGACCGACUGUUUGUAGCGAUACGAGAGAUUCAUUUCGUAUACGAACUGGUGCUGGCUACAGUCUCGUUUUCUCUCAAUGGCAUCGUGGUGUAUUUGGCGUUGACGAUGAAGAACCAAACCACAAGGAAUUAUUGUCGUAUCUUGUUGAUGAGUGUGCUGGGCGACAUUUUGUACACCGCAAUGAACCUUGUAACUAUGAUGGUGUGUUUGAUUAAGUGCUGAAUUUUCGGGUCGACAACAGUUCGGGUCUAUACAAGAUCGAUCGUUACGAGGUGUAGGGCAGGCGUAGGCCCAGAGGAAUGUUGUAGGAUGUGCCUACGAGGCUUGGCUAAGCCGUUGGAAGCUUUGCGAACCGUCGGCAAAGGCUCCGCGGAGACUUGGAAAAUACAUAACAUGACUAUUUCUUUAAUUUUUUCGAUAGUUGAUCCUAGUUUUACACAAACAUCCGUAAGUUUUUUUCCUGGAUAUUGUACAAGUCUGCAAGUCAAUGGCGGAAAUCACUCCAGCGAUUUUUGCGAAGGGACGGGGGCUUUGGUAGUUCAGCCCCCGAUGAAAGGUAGUUCAAACCCCCACUGUUUUGUCCAUUUCGCACCCCCCAUAAUGAAAAAAUUAGAAUAAUACAAAAAAUGCAAAUUUGAGUAAAACGACCCGCGGCGUUUAGCUCAAACCCCCAGUUACUGUCCAAAUUCGUUCUUGUAGUUCAGGCAACGAUGAUCGUAGCCGAGAGAACCCAAUCCCGAGUAGGCACUUCAGAUUGGAUCGAGGGGUUUAACUGGGUCAUGUGAGGGCUGAACUGGACUGGGGUUGUACUACCCUAGCCCCAAAGGGACUAAUAGGUGUAGAAACAGGUAAAAUAUCGUGUCAGACUAUCCUAGAACGUGACUUUGUCUUAUCAUCACUAUCACUCACGCGUUCCUAGCAUCCGCCAUGAAAAAACGACGAAAGAACUGUCGCUGACCCGAAAAGUCGCUUUUAACUUCAAAGCGUACUAUUGCCGCUUUGAGAGGACUUCCCCAUAUCAUCCCCAUUACUCUUCAGAUUGUUGAAAUUCGCGCUGGGAAGAUGUAUUUCAUCACCACCGGACCCUUCAUUCACAGCGCCUACCCCUACAACAUGUUGAUGUGCGCGCUGUGGCUGACUGGAAUGUACGUCACGAUCAUGACAAUCAUGGUUCAAUUUGUCUAUCGGUACAAUGCGUUGUGCAAAAGUGGACUGAGCGCAACCAGGUUUGUGUUCACAUAUUGCUUGGGGAUGACUUGGUGCAUUGGCCAGGGAUUCGCGGCUUUCCUUUGUUUUGAGCCGGCAAACGAAGCGGAUACCAGAACCCUUCAAGGGCAUCCGUUGUACUCCUUCAACACCCCGACCUUUGUCACAGGUGAUACGGUAGGAGCAUUUCUUCGAAUACAUUGUCAUAAAAGGGCAAAAUUUGGAUUAUUAUUGUUUUCUAGGAAAAUCUGGGGCCUAUUGUCCACUUUGCGAGCAGUCAACUUUCGGUCGUCGUUCUGUAUGUGAUCAUCAUUUAUACUGGAAGGAAGAUUCAUAAGGUCCUGCAUUCUGGUGACCUCAGUAUGAGCAAAAGCACUAAAGAGGCGCAGAAAAAAUUGAACAAGGUCAUGGCUUUGCAGGCAAGUGGAAUUUUCUGCUUUGGAUUCAUUUUAUUUGAUGUCAAAAGCCGGCGCUACGGCUUUCCGGAUCAAUGCCAGUUCGGUUCGACUGUACUUUGGGUUGCCUCGAUUUGUCGUUGCAUGAUGGCGACGGCAAUCAGUAGGCUUAGUGUUACGAGCUGGGUUAGAACACGUAGUUUGAGGGUCCCUAUUCUAGGUUUUGUAUAAGAUCCCAAGCCCAAAUACGGCAUGCAACGGCUUGCCAGGCCUCGUAGGCAUCUUCUACAAAUUGUUUUGUUGACCCGAACUGUGUCAACCCGAAAAGUUGCGGCACGUCAAGGUCAUUAUCAGUCUGUCGGCAAAAUAAUGAGCACAAGUCCGCUGGGCCAAUCGAGUCGCUGCAGUGAAAAAAAUUAUUUUGCCGCGACACAAUUCAUUUUCCCGGCGGCGAUGCAAUUUUCGAUGUGACUGAGUGCUCUUUAUUUUCCCGACAGUCUGACACGAAGUGACCAGUCUGGGAAAAUAAGCGGGUUUGUCGCGUCUUGGAAUCGCCCAUCAUCACUUCGCGACAGGUAGAAACGGCUGGGCAUUUGGUGAGCGAUGAGGCGAGAUAUUCUUCUGCGCCAAAUUGCUCAUUAUUUUCCCAACAGACUGAUAGCAAACUUAUAACAUCCAUUUUUGAAGGCCACAUAUCCCGGAGUUAUCGUCGGCCUCCCAGUGGUUGUGGCCACAGUCAUGGCGCAACUCAAAAUGGACGCCGCAUGGACUGGGAUGUAUCUGGUGACUUCUGUUUCCACAAUCCCCGUCAUCAACGCCAUCACAGUCCUGCUGGUAAUCCCAUCGUUCCGGAAGCGAAUCGGAGUUGGCAGCAAGUCGAUGGGUUCAGUUUUGACGACGAAUGCGACCGAUCUGAAGUCCGAAACUACAACGGUUCAUUGA